GAAUGUUACUAAUAAGGACAUUGUACGUUUUGAAACAUAACAGAAAUGGGGAAUCAUAUAGUUGUUCUGCUACUGUCUGUAAUUGUUUUGCUGGGUGCAUUAUAUGUACAUAAAGUGGAACAAAAUAUAGUCCAAAUAAAAGACGAACUACUUCAACGCGGAAAUGAAAUAAAGAAAGUGACGGAAGAAUUGGAAUCGAACAAAAAGGCACUUACAAAAGUGAAAGUAGAAUUGCAAUCGACGAAAAACGAACUUACACAAGUGAAAGUAGAAUUGGAAUUGACGAGCAAAGAUCUUAAACAAGCGCAAGUAGAAUUGGAAUCGAAUGAAACAGAACUUAAACAAGUGAAAGUAGAAUUGGAAUCGACCAGAAAUGAACUUGCACAAGUGAAAGUAAAAGUGGAAUUGACGAGAAAGGAACUUACACAAGUGAAAGUCGAAUUGGAAUCGACUAAAAAUGAGCUUAAACAAGUGAAAGUAGAACAAGAAUCGACGAGAAAUGAACUUAAACAAGUCGAAUUAGAAUUAGAUACGGCGAGAAAUGAACUUAAACAAGUGAAAGUAGAACUAGAUACGACAGGAAAUGACUUUAAACAAGUAAUAGUAGAAUUGGAUACGGCGAAAGAGCAAAUUAAUAUACUUCGCAAAGAAUUGAUAGAAAAAGAAAAUGCCCACAAGAAAGAAACAAAUCAAAUCAGAGCAGACGUAAAUACGUUAAGUGAAGAACUUAAUAAGAUUAAAAUAGAUUUAAGGGACAGAAUUUUAGGAACAUUUGAUCAUGAGAAAAAUGAAGAGGAAAGAUUUAGGGAUGGAGGUAAAGGAUGUCGAGGAAAACACAAACAUCAUAAACAUCAUGAACAUCAUAAACAUCAUAAACAUCAUAAACAUCAUUAACAUCAUAAACAUCAUAAACAUCAUAAACAUCAUAAACAUCAUAAACAUAACAGACGCUGAAGAAAAGAAGGGAUAUGCAAUAGAAAUGGCCAGAGGGGUUCAGAGACUACAAUUCAUUUUCACGAAAAUAUUAAAAAUAAAUUAACA